AUGGGUUGCAUUUACUCAAGAGUUUGCAUAGGUGACACUUGCAAGGGUUCUAGCAUAAACGGUGAUGCAAUUUCAGUUUCAAGACAAGAGUUUCACGAAGUUAAUCCAUUUUCACCAUUUGAAGGUGGAGUUAGAGAUCAGUUGAAUCAGUUAAGCUUAACAAGAGAUUCAGAAGCUGGAAUUAGAAGAUUAGCUAGGGUUUCAUCACAGUUUUUACCUGCUGAUGGGUCAAGAACAGUGAAGAUUGGUUCUUAUAACUAUGAAUUACGGUAUUCUUAUCUUUCACAACGUGGGUAUUAUCCUGAUGCUCUUGAUAAAGCGAAUCAGGAUAGUUUUUGUAUUCAUACACCUUUUGGAAAUGAUGUUAAUGAUCAUUUUUUCGGGGUUUUCGAUGGCCAUGGUGAGUUUGGAGCAGAGUGUUCGCAGUUUGUGAAGCGUAAGCUUUGUGAGAAUUUGUUGAGGAACUCUAAGUUUAGUGUUGAUGCUAUUGAGGCUUGUCAUUCCGCUUUUUUAGCCACGAAUUUGCAGUUGCAUAGUGAUAUUUUAGAUGAUAAUAUGAGUGGGACGACCGCGAUAACUGUUUUGGUUAGAGGGAGAACGGUUUAUAUAGCGAAUUGUGGGGAUUCGAGGGCGGUUAUAGCUGAGAAGAGAGGGAAAGAUGGUGGUGGUGAGGGUGGUGUUGUGGCGGUUGAUUUGUCGAUAGAUCAGACACCGUUUAGGGUUGAUGAAUUGGAAAGAGUGAAGCUUUGUGGUGCCAGGGUACUUACUUUGGAUCAAAUUGAGGGGUUAAAGAAUCCUGAUGUUCAAUGUUGGGGUAGUGAUGAAGAAGGCGAUGAUGGUGAUCCUCCGAGGUUGUGGGUUCCGAAUGGCAUGUAUCCGGGUACUGCUUUUACGAGGAGUAUUGGUGAUUCUAUUGCGGAGAGUAUUGGUGUUGUUGCUGUUCCUGAGAUUGUUACUUUUGAACUCACACAUAAUCAUCCAUUUUUUGUUGUUGCUAGUGAUGGAGUUUUUGAGUUUCUUUCUAGCCAGACUGUGGUUGAUAUGGUUGCAAAAUUCAAAGAUCCACGCGAUGCUUGUGCUGCAAUAGUAGCAGAAUCUUAUCGACUUUGGCUACAGUAUGAGACUCGUACAGAUGAUAUUACAGUAAUCAUUGUGCAUAUAAAUGGCCUAAAUGAACCCGUUGUUGCUCACACGGCAACUUCUCGCGAUAUUUUACAAACUCCUGUCCCUCAGGUUGUAGAGGUGACAGGUUCAGAAUCUCCUUCCACCUUUGGAUGGAAUGCUAGGAACCAUCGCGUGAGGCAAGAAUUGUCAAGGGCGCGUCUUCGAGCAAUUGAAAAUUCCCUUGAGAAUGGACAAGGUUGGGUUCCUCCAUCUUCAGCACACAGAAAGACAUGGGAGGAAGAAGCACACAUAGAGCAGGCAUUGCAGGAUCAUUUUCUCUUCCGAAAACUUACCGAUUCUCAGCGUCAUGUUUUAUUGGAUUGCAUGCAAAGAGUUGAAUUCGAACCCGAGGAUAUUAUAGUCAAACAGGGCGGGGAAAGUGACUGUUUUUAUGUUGUUGGAAGCGGAGAGUUUGAGGUCUUGGCGACUCAGGAAGAAAAAGAUGGGGAAGUACCUAGGGUUUUGCAGAGCUACACAGCCGAAAAACUAUCGUGCUUCGGGGAACUUGCUCUUAUGUACAACAAACCGCUCCAGGCUUCUGUGCGUGCUGUAACAAAAGGAACUCUUUGGGCUUUAAAGCGAGAAGAUUUUCGAGGGAUUUUAAUGUCGGAAUUCUCUAAUUUAUCAUCAUUGAAGUUACUUCGGUCUGUAGAUCUCCUCUCAAGAUUAUCAAUUUUACAACUGAGUCAAAUUUCCGAUUCCCUUACGGAAGUUUCGUUCUCAAGUGGACAGACAAUAAUUGAUAAAAGUGAAGUUCUUGCAUUGUACAUCAUCCAAAAGGGACGAGUAAAAAUAACUUUCGAUGCCGCUUUGUUGACGAGUCCAAAUACCAAUAGUCUCAAUAAUGACAUCCAAAAUGAGGAUGAUGAUGACAAACAGAGCGGAACAGAAUUGUCGAUAGAGAAGCCCGAGGGAAGCUAUUUCGGUGAAUGGUCCCUUCUUGAUGAACACAUUGGUUCCUUAACUGCGGUUGCUGUGGACGAUGUUGUAUGUGCUUUACUAACAAAGGAGAAAUUUGAAUCAGUUAUUGGCUCCUUACAAAAGAUUACUCAAGAGGAUCACAAGUCGAGGGACAAUUCCAAGGAAUUGACUAAAAACUUUGAACUCUCAUCCCUUGAUAAAGUCCAGCUCACGGAUUUGGAGUGGAGAAAGACACUAUAUUCCACUGAUUGUUCUGAGAUUGGACUCGCAAACUUAAGAGACUCAGAAAAUGUGCUUACUUUGAAGAAGUUUUCCAAAUCAAAAGUGAAAAGACUAGGAAAAGAAUCACAAGUUUUGAAAGAGAGAGAUUUGAUUAAGGGUAUGAGCUCUUCAGCUUGUGUACCACAAGUCUUACGCACCCUUGCUGACCGCUCAUGUGCUGGAAUACUGCUAAACACUCGUCUUGCCUGCCCUUUGUCUUCCAUACUUUCAAGUCCUUUUAGCGAAUCAGCAGCCCAAUUUUGUGCUGCUUCUGUUGUUACUGCCUUAGAAGACUUGCACAAGAAUGGUGUUCUCUAUAGAGGUGUUUCAUCUGAUGUUUUGAUGUUGGAUCAAACAGGACAGAUACAGCUGGUAGACUUCAGAUUUGGAAAGAAGCUAUCUGAUGAGAGAACAUUCACAAUCUGUGGGAUGGCAGAUUCCCUAGCUCCAGAGAUUAUUUUGGGAAAAGGCCAUGGUUUUCCUGCCGACUGGUGGGCGUUGGGAGUUUUAGUGUAUUUUAUGUUACGGGGCGAAAUGCCGUUUGGAUCAUGGAGAGAAAACGAACUCGAUACAGUUGCCAAAAUUGCUAAAAGGAAACUAAAUCUUCCAGACACUUUUAGCCCUGAAGCUGCUGAUCUCAUCUCCAAGUUACUUGAGGUGGAAGAAAGUACAAGACUUGGUAGCCAAGGUCCCGAUUAUGUUAAGAAUCACUCGUGGUUUAAUGGUAUUAACUGGGAAGCGAUUCGAAACCGCACUUUUCCAGUUCCUCCGGAAAUUACUUCUCGCGUAACUCAAUAUUUAGAAGCUCGUUCAGAGGAUUGCAGUGCUUCUACGGGAUCCCCGUCACAGGAAGUAGAAGAACUCAAUGUGCCUGAAUGGCUUGAAGAUUGGUAG